AUGGGCGGCUGCUCAGGCGGCCCUUGGGUCGUUGCUAGGAGCAACGGCGGAAUUGAUACAAGCACGAUUGAGCAGAGAGCUGCGGGCUCGACAUCUUCGACUUUAUUGGGCUCUGACAAGGCAUCGAUCACCAUCAGCCGACGUGCGAGCCAGGAUGAGCUCUCUGAGGUCAGAAGUCAGACACAGCCGCCCGAUACCAUGCCUUCCAGCCUGACACGGAGACAAGAUCCGGCGCAGUGCUUUCCACCCUGCCCGAACCGGUGUUUGGGGCUGGGCAAAUGUGCAGCCGGAGACAGCGCGGCAUCGCAAAGCUCUUUACAUGAACGGGCGCGCCAAGAUGAACCUCUUGAACUCAGGAGGCUUCAGCUACCGACUGCUAACGGGCCUUUCGAUCUGAUGCCGCGGGAUUCGGGGGCGCCGACCUGUCUGAUGCCCAAUUGUCCCAAGGUAUGUGCUGGACUCGGAGAUUGCCCGGGUCUCGCUCGCGCGCCAUCGAAUCUGAUUGCGCGGCAAACAGUUGGUCGCCAGACCGGACCGCCAUGUGAGUCCCUACGUUGGUGGCCAUGAAUUACGUCGAUUUGGAUUCGCGAUGAUUCUAAUUUGAGGGCUGCAACUUUCUCAAUGCAGCAAAUUACGAGGCCACCCUGACUCGUAGGACGACGCUCGGUGUUACAAGCUCUCCUGUACAAAUCGAAGUGCUUAGCAGAAACAUCGACACAGACCCAUCGUCGAAUAAACUCGACUAUAUCCUGAACUGUCCUCCGGAAUGCCCAAACUUCUGCGAGAGUCCCACGGUCUGCCUGGCAAAAGGGGAGAUUGUGCAAGGUCGAAGUGUCCACGAUGGCGCCGCGUCUUUAGAGCUGGCAAGCGGUAUCAAGCCUUCUGGUGAUUCUCACGAUGUUGCAAAAGGUGGCGUGCUCUCUGAAAACAUCCACACAAGCGCAUCUUCGGCACAACCAGACUAUAUCUUGAACUGUCCUCCGGAAUGCCCAAACUUCUGCGAGAGUCCCACGGUCUGCCUGGCAAAAGCCGAGACAGUGCAAGGUCGAAGCGUUAAGGAUGGCGCCUCAUCUGAGGAACUCGCAAACAUCAAGCGUCAACACGUCUUUGUUUGCCCUGCGGAAUGCUUCUACACUUGCGACAAGAACACCGGAAAAUGUCCAGAUCCACCGCCCGGUACGCUAGGCGUGCCUGCCUCCAUAGCCAAGCGCCCCAACCAGGACUUUUUGGAUUGUCCUCCUGAGGCUUCCGAAAAUUGCAUAUCGCCUAGCAAGUGUCACUCCACCAACACGAUUGUGAUCAGGCGCAGCGAGGACAAAGAUACAACUGCGGCGACGAUCGGGUAUCUGGGGAAGCGCGUCCAUACCUACGUAUGUCCGCCAGAUUGCCUCCACGAUUGCGACAGAUAUGGGAAUUGCCCACCUCCGCCCGCUUACGCCAUCAAUCAUUCCAUCGACGAGACGCCAGCCGGGGAGCCCACGGCCUUCGUCAAGCGUAAAGGCGUGCCCACGUGCCCUGAAGAGUGCCCGAACAACUGCCUUCGGGAUGGCGAGUGUCCGACUGUCCAGCUCCGCGUGGCUCCUGCAACAUCCGACGCGGCAGGCCUUGCACCAGAUUUCGUGAAGCGUCAAGGCGUCAUUAGCGAGUGUCCGGAGGAGUGUCCAGACAGUUGCAAUUCUGCCGGAGAGUGUCCGCCUACCGCCUCUCUGACUAAGCGCGCCCAAGCCGCAAAAUGUCCACCGGAUUGUCCCAAGGAUUGCGACCAAAAAGGGAUCUGUAUCAUCUACUCAUGCCCUCGACGAUGUCCCAACAAUUGCGACGAGACAGGGGAAUGUAUCAAGCCACCGCUUGGCGAACAGACUCACGAUCUGCAGACCCGCCAAACAUCCGACGCAGCAGAAAUUCCGGGCAGUGCAGGCCUAGAGAAGCGUCGACAAUGUCCGGACCUGUGCCCGACAACCUGCGACGUGUCAGGAAACUGUCGGCCUCAUGCCAGCGCUGCAUUGCGUCGUAGUCGUGAGACAAAUCCUGCUGCACCAACCGAUGCCUUAAGCUUGCUUCAGCCUCGCAGCGAGCCCGCUGGGCGAGCAAACAAGCGCUUGAUUGAAUGUCCUAUCGGCUGCCCCGACUGCGAUGACCAAGGAAAUUGCAUCCCCGCGACACAGGCGUCCGCUCAACCUCUCGCCUCUGUACCAAUCAUCACAAGCUUGACCAACAGAAGCCCAACGGACGCAUCUGCGUCAAGUUCCAAGCCGAUGCAUCUAGUGGAGCGUGAGGACGCGACCGCCUACAUUCCCAAAAGUUGUGGACCAGGUUGCGUGAUACCGUGCCACCCGAGUGCGGGGGUGACCAUCUGCGUCCCUCCCACUCAUUGCGGACCUAGCUGUGCCGGUGUCAAUGGCUGCCCCAAAGUUGCACUUCGUGACCUUGCUAAAAGUUCGGCAUCCCCAGCACUUUCGCGACUGGCCGAGCGACAACCACUGGGUCCUAUGUACUGCGCUGCGCCAGACUGCGGACCAGGAUGCGAGGGUCUUGGUGGCUGCCCCGAAUCUAUGCUCAGGCCCCGUAACCUGGAGAUUGCGGCAUCCACAGCACUUUCGCGACUAGCCAAACGACAGCCACUGAGUCCCACGUACUGCUUUCCACCAAACUGCGGACCUGCAUGCGAAGGUGUGGGUGGUUGCGCCGCCGAGGCUAUUCAGGCCAGACAAAAACCUUCUGGGACGUUGGGAUGCCACGGUCCUGACAAUUGCGCUAGCGGAUGUGCCGGGAUCGCGGGAUGCCCGAAGUCAGCAUCCGGUCGCCGUCGAGACACUACCGAAACGAGCUUACAACGCCGCACCGCAGACACACAGCGCUAUCCGGCCGCCUCUGCCGCUUUCAUACCGUUGAAUCGGCGCGGCGAAUGUGCUUACCCAUCUUGCCCAGCAGGUUGUGCUGGCUUCGGCAAGUGUCCAGAAUCCCACGAAUUGAGGACGCGCGAGACUCCCUUGGAAACAUCGCGCUCGGGGACCAAGGUGGAAUUGAACGAACGCGAGCGUGAGUUGCGUGAAGCAGACGUGUAUCAUCAUCACCGCCAUCUAACGUAGCAGGCUCUCCUACUUAGUUGUGCUACACCUCAAAGGGCGCUCCUGGGCUAUAGGCAACGCACGCCAAGUAGCCCCGAAUGCUCAAGGCGCCUCACAUCGUCCUGACUACCGUACAGCCGGGUGUGCGGAAUCUGAUGGAUGCCCUCCGAAUCCUCCUGCUAUCCGGCGUCGAGCAGUGCCACCAUUCUGUCAUGGCGCUUCUCAAUAUUGCCCCACUGGCUGCGCGAAUGUGGCAGGGUGUCCUCCACUAGCACGUCGAUCGGAUCUACUACCUCCUUCCCACCGUGAUGGAGUGGGCGAAAAGGCGCUCGUCAAGCGCUCUUCUGGAUUCGACGAUCCCAACGCCACCAAGUCGCCGGAGGAGGCGCGAGGGAAGAGGGACGCAUCCGUGCCGCUCUCUCUGGUUGAGACUCUCAAAGGCCGAGAACCUGCGGGCAGUCCUUGUCAACAUCCAGCUCUGCUCGGACGCGGAUGCCUCGAAGUGAUCAGGCGAGCCGGUGGCGAUUUCGCCAUCCGCGAUGGGCAGCUUCCUGCCAUUGGGGUUCCCGUAACAGGCAAGGAUGAGAUCUCGAUGCGCAAGAGGGGGCCUGCGUAG